UUUAGGUAAACGUCCGUAAACCAGAUAGCCUUUAGAAAGAUUGCUUAAGCUUAGUCAUUGUUUUUGUAGGAAUAAUGUUCAACCGAAAUGCAAGAUCUCCCUGUCAAGGCGCCCACUCCGGACUCUCCGUGGAGGAGCUGCUCGAAGACACAAUGUUUCAAGACCAGGCUGUAAGGGAGGUUAGUGAAAGUCCGCGAUCUGUACGACUAAACCAUGGUGGAGAAUUAACAGGGCUGCGAAAGACCGUUUUAGAGCCUGUAAGAAUUGACAGCACUCCAUCCGAUCUGGUACACCCUUCAACAAUGCAGGAGUGUGAGGCCAUCAUCCAACAGCUGUUCAAUGUAAACAGUUUACAGACUCAGGAAAUUGCACGUCUGAAAGCGCUGCUUAGUGAUAUAAUUCUGAGCAAAAAAAUCACCCGGGAACACCAAAUUUUGAGCAAAGCCUACCUUGCUGACAAACCAUGCAAACCUGGUCAAGAGAAGAUAUUUCCCAAACUUGGUCCUCGCCCAGUUCCAGCAACAGUACCCUCUCGCCCUGGUGUAGUUCUCCCUGGCCUGAAGCAGAGCCUCAGUUCCAAUGCUGCAAACAGACAGAAGAGGCUCAUGUCAAUUCACAGACACCAAUUCCAACAGGGUUUCCGCUGACUGCCUAGAAAGGCCAAAGUCUGGGUGUUUUCAUGGUCAAAACUUUGGUCACUAACACAUCUUUAUUAAAGACUCAUU